AUGGCGGAGCCCGGCCGACCCCAGCGGAAAAUGUCCCGGGCUGGGGAGAGUUUGAAGCUGGCCCUGAAGUACCACCCAGACAAGAACCCUGAGAUCAACAAUGCCAACGCCACGCUGAGCGACGAGAACAAGCGGCGGAUCUAUGACGAGUCUGGCUCCAUGGGGCUCUACGUGGCGGAGCAGUUCGGCGAGGAGAGCGUCAAGUACUACUUCCUCAUGUCCAAGUGGUGGUUCAAGGCGUUGGCCGUGUGCUGUGGCCUCUUCACCUGCUGCUGCUGCUGUUGCUGCUGCUGCUUCUGUUGUGGGAAGUGCCGCCCGCCCGAGGAGGAGGACGCCUAUAAGUACGUCAACCCCGAGGACCUGGAGGCGCAGAUCCAAGCUGAGGCUGAAGGUGAGGAGGAGGAGGAGGAGUUGUGCUGCACUGGGCUG